GAGCAACGGAUCUCCCGACAACCUGAAGAAGAUGUGCGGUGCAGAAGGCGGGGUUCCGCUCAUCAUCAACACCAAGCAACUGCUUCGAGAAGCUAGGCAGCUCGUCGCUGACCAUGGAAAAUGGGUAUAUUUUGGUACCGAUCACGCGGCCUGGCUGAGCGCUCACCAAACUCCUAACAACGGCCCUUACCACUGGCCUGACAACACCCCGGUGAUUGGCUGCAUCUUCACUGCAAACGACUUCUUCUCAUUCAUCAGUGAUGUGGGAGCAUCCGUGCUCCGUGACGAUGGAAAAAUUGGCACGUUAUUAGAUCAACCGUUCUUGAUGAAUGACUUGCCAGUACUGUGCGCAAGGACGCCCUGAAUAGUCUCAGAAGUAAAUAUUCAUUGUGAUUGAUUUAGUCUGUUCUCACAUAUGUAUAAACUUGUACCAGCCUUACCUCUUUCUCAGCGUAAGAAAUGAUUCUUCAUUUUUCAUGCGGAAUCUCUUUUUUAUGAUAUCUGGUGAAUUAUUUUACAUUUAACACUGUGAGUAUGGCACUACCCACAAGGGUUGCAGAUGGCAAAAAAACGACCAAGUCCGCGGACAAAAAGGCCUGCAAUCCAAUAUUUACGAGUAAAUUU